AUGAAGGCACAGUGCGUUCCCCUCUGUCUCCUGGGUGCGAUGCUCUUCCUCUGCUCAGUGCACACCCGGGAUCUCAGGAGAUGUCUGAUUUCCACGGAUGUGCACACUAUAGAAGAGAGUUUCCGAGGAAUCAAAAAAGCCAUCCAAGCUAAGGACAUCUUUCAGAAUGUCACCAUCCUGUCCCCAUCGGAGACCCUGCACAGCAUUAAGCCCUCAGAUGUGUGCUGCGUGACCAAGAACCUCCUGGCGUUUUACAUGGACAGGGUGUUCAAGGACCACCUGGAGCCGAACCCUCAAAUCUUGAGAAAAAUCAGCAGCAUUGCGAACUCCUUCCUCUCCAUGCAGAAGACUCUACAGCAAUGUCAGAAGCAGAGGCUUUGUCACUGCGGGCAGGAAGCAACCAAUGCCACCAGAAUCAUCCAUGACAACUACGAUCAGCUCGAGGUCCGAUCGGCUGCCAUUAAGUCUCUGGGCGAGCUUGACAUCUUCCUGGCCUGGAUUGACAAGCAUCAUCACGGAACUUCUGCUGCCUAAAGACAAGGAACCUAAUUAUUGAACAGGCCCUGUGAGGUUUCCCAUGGGAGACAGUGAACUCUGAAGGGGAAGGCGGGGGGCCCUGUUUUCAUGCAAAGGAGGGUCUUUUGAUUGGGAGUUCUCUCCUCUGGGGCUGUGGUUUUGUAGGGGGAAAUCUGGGUUUGAGUACAGCUCACGCUGUAGUUGGAAGUCCCACCGGCUGGGCCCAGGCUGUGUGAUCCCAGCUGAAAGUAGCCAACUAGCCAUAUUUAUGAUAAAAUACAUCUAUUGAAAGGUCCUGCUGGCCUCCCUGGAGGGAAAGGGUUGGCUCCCCACUAAUUUAUUGUGAAGUUAUUUAUCCCAUGUCUGUGAUGUGAGCUAAGCG